UCGACUUCCUGGUAGCAGAAAUCAUGUGAUUAUGUGACGCUUCCUGGAGAAGCUUUACUUUCACGUAUCACUUUUGCUCUUCGUGAGAAUAUUUACCAGCAGCAAACAUCCACAGCGUGCUUUUUUUGCGGACUUGUGCUCGUUUACGACAUGGCUGACGGUGAGCGAUCGCCUUUGCUGUCGGACAGUCGCGAUGGAAUGAACGGGCUGUCACCGGUAGAUGAGACCUACCGACCGCUGACAAAACCAGAGAAUUUCCCAGCGUUCCCGUCAGCUCCUCCCUCGUCGAUGCUGGGAGAGGCUCCUCCACCGUACUCCCCGCUGGGCUCUCCGGAGAGCGGCAGCGCUUCUGUCAUCGGCUGCAGAGUGUGUCAGUCGCUUAUUAGUGUGGAGGGCAAAAUCCACCAGCAUGUGGUCAAAUGCGGAGUCUGCAAUGAGGCUACACCCAUAAAGAAUGCUCCAGCAGGAAAGAAGUAUGUGAGGUGUCCGUGUAACUGUCUUCUCAUCUGCAAAGUUACCUCGCAGAGGAUCGCCUGCCCUCGACCUUACUGUAAGCGAAUUAUCAAUUUAGGUCCAGUUCAUCUGGGUGCAGGAAGUCCGAAUCCUCAGCCUAGCGGUGCCAGAGUUUCCUGUGGCCACUGUGCAAACACUUUUCUGUGGACAGAAUUUACAGAUCGGACAUUGGCUCGGUGUCCACACUGCAGAAAAGUCUCAUCGAUCGGCCAGAGGUACCCUAGAAAGCGGAGUUUGAAAUGCUUCAUGUUGUGUUUGAUCUUCAUCAUAACGACUGCGGGAUUGAUUGCUGGUACGUGGUGGAAUGCACGGACAUAUAAGGGGAUUUAUGUAUCCUGGGUGUUCUUCAUUCUCCUGGUGCUGAUCACUUUGGUCAGAGCCCUACAUUGGGCCUGCAUGAAAAUCAGUGAACCACUCCACAACUACUCAUAGAAGAGAGCAAGGAGGAGCAGGAGGUCGAGAUGGAGUGUAGACGAGAAUAAGUCCAAGUGAAAAAGAAAACUGAGCCAAAAGGGAUGUUAAUGGAGAGAUGCUCUGUCUAAAUGGGUGAAGAACUGUCAGUAAAAAUCCAUAUUUCCCCCUAAAAUCAAUGCAAAAUAAAGUUCAAUAGGCC